CUGAGGGCGGGGUCGCAGUAUGCGCCUGCGCGUUGAGACUCUCGGAAGAGCGCCAGCGCGAACGUCCUUCAUCAAAACUUGGCCGACUUGGCCACAGCUGUUCAGUAGAACGUUUCGAACUAAUAAAUUCCUACGUCCCUUUCUGUGGUCUACAUCAGCAUGAAUGCCCGACAACUCCGGCGUCUGGCUGCCGCCGCCAGACCAUUACCACAGCAUCCCGCCUGUAUUUGCUUACGACGAUACAGUCAAGUGAGACCAAAUUAUAUCAUAGAAAAACCAGAAAAAUGGCGCAAUUCUGCCCCAAAUUUCUAUUCUGUUCAAACUAUGGAAAUGAGGGGUCGUGAAGGUUCACACAAAAAUGCCGACGAUGUGCUAUUUGACAUGUUCAAAAAUGAAGAAACAGGACUUCUCCCCGUUGGAAAAUUUUUGGCGGCCCUGAGGACAACUGGAAUAAGGAAAAACGAUGCUCGCGUUAAAGAAGUAAUGCUCAAUUUGUACAAAGUACACAAGGAGUCGAACUUUGAGGGUGGAUCUCCUGAAACUUUAAAACUGGACAGACAAACUUUCAAGGAUGUGAUUGCACCUAACAUAGUCCUGAUCACGCGAGCUUUCCGUAGUCAGUUCGUAAUUCCAGACUUCCAGGAUUUCAUAAAAGACAUAGAGGAAAUGUAUUGGUCUGCGAAGAGUAACACUGACGGCAAAGUCGCCAGUUAUAUUCCGCAGUUGGCCCGAGCAAGUUCGGAUAGUUGGGCAGUCAGCGUAUGCACUAUUGAUGGUCAACGGUUUUCUAUCGGUGACGUGACCGUCCCAUUUACUCUACAGUCGUGCAGCAAGCCGCUGACGUACGCAAUGGCUCUGGAAACGCUGGGCCCAGACGUCGUGCACAAUUACGUUGGCACAGAGCCCAGUGGACGCAACUUCAAUGAACUUGUAUUGGACUACAACAUGAAGCCGCAUAAUCCUAUGAUCAACGCUGGUGCGAUUUUGGUUUGCUCCUUACUCAAGACCUUGGACAAGCCAGAGAUGACUUUGGCUGAGAAGUUUGACUAUGUAAUGUCGUUCUUUAGCCGACUUGCUGGAAACGAGGUUUUGGGUUUUAACAAUGCCGUAUUCCUCUCAGAACGAGAAGCAGCAGACAGGAACUACGCACUUGGCUUUUACAUGCGUGAGCAUAAAUGUUACCCAGAAAAGACAAACCUACGAGAAUGUAUGGACUUCUAUUUCCAGUGUUGCUCCAUGGAGGCUAACUGCGACAUAAUGUCCAUAAUGGCUGCUACUCUUGCGAAUGGUGGCAUCUGUCCAAUAACCGACGAAAAAGUACUCCGGCCAGAUUCUGUGCGCAACGUCUUAUCGUUGAUGCACAGCUGUGGAAUGUACGACUACUCUGGCCAGUUCGCGUUCAAAGUGGGGCUGCCGGCGAAAUCAGGGGUAUCGGGGGCUAUGCUCAUCGUCGUGCCCAAUGUUAUGGGCAUCUGCACUUGGUCUCCGCCCUUGGAUCCCUUGGGCAACAGUUGCCGAGGUCUACAGUUUUGUGACGAAUUGAUCCAGCGAUUCAACUUUCACAAAUAUGACAACAUUCGUUAUGCGAGCCAUAAGAAAGAUCCGCGGCGCUAUAAAUUUGAAACCACAGGCCUCAGUAUCGUCAAUCUUCUUUUUUCCGCGGCAAGUGGCGAUAUAAGUGCUUUGAGAAGGCACCAUCUUUCCGGUAUGGACAUGACUUUGUCAGACUACGAUGGCCGCACAGCUUUGCAUUUAGCAGCUGCUGAAGGUCACCUGGGCUGCGUAGACUUCCUCCUGGCUCAGUGCGCCGUUCCCCACGAUCCUCGCGACCGCUGGGGCAGCCGCCCCCUCAAUGAGGCCGAGACAUUCGGACACACCGCCGUCGUACAAUACCUCAAAGAAUGGGAACGCGUACAUCCGCAAAAUCAAAAAUCGGACGUCACACCCUCAGCUGUAGACGACAUACUCGACAAAACUAAUGUCAAUGAUGCGGUUAAAGAUCCUAGUAUCCAAGAAAUCGUCUCGAGAAACGGUGAUAAAGUUCAGUGAAUCAAAAUGUUAUGAUUGUAUUCACGAAUCUCAAACCUUAUUAGGUAUUAAUUAAAAUGACGAUCUCAUCACUGAAUAGUUGAUCAAGUUUAGAAUCUUUUAUUAUUUAUAGGUAAAAAAGAAACUGAUAGUUAGCCUAUUCAAAUUGACGCAUUUAGUUUUGGACAGUUAAUAGAUGUAAAUCUAAACUCUGACUUUUUACACUGUUGAUGUAAAGUAAAAAUUUCUGGUACUAUACUGCUGUUAAGGCUAUUGUAUAUUCUACAUUCCAUUGAUUUCUACAAAACAAAUAUCUAAAUGUUUAACUAGUACAUAAAAUUUGGCUACAGGUUAAAGAAAAUUUUACUUACCCUUGUAGUGUUUAGAAAAUUUAGAAAAGAUUUUUAAAUAUACAAAAAUGUUUUUAAGAAUAAGACAAUAAAUAGAUAUUUUAAUCAAUGUAGGUUAAGAAUUAUAUUCCAUGUCAUUUAUUAGUGUUGUCCAAAUAUAUAUGUCAAUUAAACUGUUGAAUUA